AAAGCCAGCCAAGGAUGUCUCCACUUUGGAGUUGAAUCUACAAGCCCCUCCCUAGCUGCUAACAGCAGCGAGUGAGACACAGCACAGUAGGGUGCUGUCAUUCAGCAGCUCUCAGUAUUUGCUCCUGAGCACUUGCCGGCUUGUCACCCUGGGACCUCCCCCGAAGUGCUGCUGUUGAGUAUACACACCUCAGGAGUUUUCAGAGCAGCGCUGUUAUGGAGCACGCACCCUUGUGUACCUUCUGAAUAGUGCUGUUGGACCCCUACUCACUUCUGCACUUCUUUCCGUGCUUCCGUGGACCCUUCCCUAUUAAGGGAAACAGUGUCCCUGGCCAGGCGCCUGAAGCUGGGGACCAAUGUGAGACCCAUUGUUUGAGACUGGAGCUGGCAGGGGCCACGGGAAGCCCCAAGCAAUGCCUUUCGUCCUACUGACGCAGAUCCAGAACACAGUGAGGACCGCACACAGGGACAGCAGUGUCCUGCAAGAUGAAGGCACUUGGAGCUGUGGUCCUGGCCCUGCUACUGUGUGGGCAGCCAGGCAGCAGUCAGGCACAGGAAGAGGAGGAGGAUGACAGGAGUCCGGACAGCUACGGCUAUGAUGAUGAUGAUGAGGAAGAAGAGACCCACAGCAGAGAUAGAGCACUGCCGUGCUAUCACUGCCCUUUGCUACACCACGGGGACAGAUGCGACCAGAUACAGAACUGCUCCAGCAGUCAGGACUCCUGCGUCAUGCUUGUUAGCCAUAGCAACACAGAUUCUGGUUCCCUGACCACCUACUCCAUGUGGUGCACGGACUCCUGCCAACCCGUCAUCAAAACCGUGGAGGGGACCCAGAUGACCGAAACCUGCUGCCAAUCCCCCAUGUGCAACGUCCCACCCUGGCAGCACCCUCAAGUCGAGGACCUGCUGAAUGGCAAAACAGGCAGUCCCCAGGACGACAGAGCCAGUCAUCCCCAGGCCGGUGGGUCACAUGCCCCCCCAAGCUGUCCCCAAAAUGUGGGCACAGCCCUCCUAUUCAGCCUCUUCACUAGCCUUUGGGUAGUGGGGACCUAAAGACACCUCCCUGCCCCUGCUCACACCUGGCCAGGCCAGCACUCUGUCCAGUUCUUCCCCUUACCCCUGUCACCAGCUUCAGAGAAUAAAUUUAGAGUGCCUUUCAUGAUCCA